AUGAUGGUCCGAAGCCACUUCAUGUGGCUUGCCCGCGUUCUUCCGGCCGUUGCACUCACUAUCACCGCGCCUGCUCAGACGACUCCCUCUUCGGCUCCGCUCUCGGGUUGUGGUUCUGAGAACUUGAUUGAGGAUGUGCCUUUUGAGAGCAUUGAUCUCGGGGACAGUGUGUGGACUGUCCUGCCACCAAAGGGUGGUGUUGCUGUCGAUGGAUACCUGCAUCUGAGUGCCGAAGCUCUCCAAUCGCAGACCCUGUUGGCCCAGACAGUUACCGGCACCGUUACAGAAGAGAGUUAUACUGUCUCUUUCGAUCUCCGCCAGACAGCUGGCUCAGGUGUUGAUAGUGCAACUUGUGCUGUGAAUCUCCUGCUCAAUGGUGCAGAUGUUGGCACUAGCACUCUCACAGCCGGUUCCUGGAAGACCAUCUCCAGGCAAUGGACGGCUGUUAGUUCCGAAGUUGACAUGUUCAUCCUAAUUGAUUGCCCUGAUGCGGCGAUAUCGGGUGCAACAGUGGAUGUGAACAACGUCUCGUUCGAGGAGAGCUGUGGUUCAUCCACCUCAACCAGCGUGCCGGUCCCUACCAAGACGCCAUCGGGCUCACCUGUGGCUACCAGCGCUCCGCUCGCUUCUUCUGUCUUCCCAUCUGACCAUUCCAGUUCCGAGGGAUCGGGAUCUUCAUCGCACGUCUCCUCGGCAUCGCCAAGUAGCACCGUAGGCCGUAUCACCUUGACCACUACUAUCACCGGGCCCGCAAACCCCGCCUCCAGUAGCGCCACCGAGUCCUCAGCCUCAACCCCCGAGGUAUCAGCAUCUUCCGAGUCCGCCGCACUAACAACUCCUGCUUCCGUGGAGCCCACUAGCUCCUCCCUAGCUGGAACCCCUACGCCGGAUAUGACUACCUCUACUAUCUUCACCACCCGCACUGCGACUAUCAUAGCCUGUCCCUCGACUAUCACCAACUGCCCAGCUACCGACAAGACAACUCGCAUUACAACCGAAACUCUCAUCGUCUCAACCACCGUCUGCCCUGUUGAAGACGCAACUACCACUGCCGAGGGAUCCAGCCCUACCGGCCCAUCUGGAAGUGACAACGGCCAUAACUCUGGAAACGGCAACGACUAUACAAUUUCAACAAUCCUCUCAACCAGAACCGUAACCCUAACCCAGUGCCCGGCAACAGUGACCGACUGCCCAGCCCACGACCAGACGACACACGUCACGAUAGAGACCGUCGUUGCUGGUACCACUUUGGUCCCCGUCAACACCGCCGUUACCACCACAGUACCCGGUGCAGUGCACACAUCGUCUGUUCCCGUGCAGACGACGACCGUUGUUGUUGGCACUGUGACAAACAUCUCGACUGCGUACUCUGCUACCACCAUCACAGGCACCACUACUACCGACCGAGGUGUUGUUAGUGAGACUGGUGUUUCUUACAUUGGUAAGAACGUACCUGGUUCCGGGGUGUCGGCGGGCGAGGGUGAAGGUGAAGGCUCGAUCAGCUCUAGCUCUAGUUCUAGCGUCUCCGCUGGUAACAAUUCCAGCCAUCUCUCCAGCCUGCCCAGUAUCACAUACACACGCAUCAGCUCAACUAUACCUUCAAGCCUCAUCGGCAUCCACUCAGCCACGGCCAAAGUUUCCCCCAUCACAGCCUCCUCUCCUACUGCCGCAGGUGCAGGCGCAGGUGCAAACACAAGUUCAGGCUCUAUCACCGAAAGCAGCAACUCAGCAAGUGUAUCACCUGUGUUCAACGGUGCUUCUUCCCUCACUGUCUCCGGCGUCCUGUCUGCUCUUGGUGCUGGUGCCGCUCUCGCGCUUUACCUCUGA